AUGGCGACGGGAGCAAACGCAACUCCAUUAGGGAAGUUGCACCCCAGCAUCGGCGCUAAACGGGGGUUUGACGCCGGGCCUGGAGCGGGGAACGGGCUGAUGCCGACCCCGGGGCCGCCCGGCUCCUUUCCCUCUCUGCAAGGCUUCCAGCCGUCCAUGCCCAGCGCAGCUUUCCCUCAGUCUCAUCAGUUCAGCCCAGGGACCAGUUUUUCGAGCCAAGCUCAGCAGCAGCCUUCUGCGGGGGUCGGGAUGGCCAAACCUGAUUUCGGCCAGAAGAAGGCGAGAAAGAAGAGCCGCUGGAGCAGCGAGACGCCUGAUCAGAAGACGGUCAUACCGGGCAUGCCCACCGUCAUCCCACCUGGACUGACCCGCGAUCAGGAGAGAGCAUAUAUAGUCCAACUGCAGAUUGAAGACCUGACUCGUAAACUGCGUACAGGAGACCUGGGAAUCCCUGUUAACCCUGAGGACAGGUCUCCCUCUCCUGAGCCCAUCUACAAUAGCGAGGGUAAGAGGUUAAACACCCGCGAGUAUCGCACACGAAAGAAGCUCGAGGAGGAGCGGCACUCCCUGAUCACUGAAAUGGUUGGACUCAACCCUGACUUCAAGCCUCCUGCAGAUUACAAGCCUCCAGCCACCAGAGUCAACGACAAAGUCAUGAUCCCUCAGGAUGAAUACCCUGAAAUCAACUUUGUUGGUCUGCUAAUUGGGCCUCGUGGUAAUACACUGAAGAACAUUGAGAAGGAGUGCUGUGCCAAGAUCAUGAUCCGGGGGAAAGGGUCUGUGAAGGAGGGGAAGGUUGGUCGAAAAGAUGGCCAGAUGCUGCCAGGGGAGGACGAGCCUCUGCACGCCCUGGUCACUGCCAACACGAUGGAGAACGUCAAGAAAGCUGUGGAGCAGAUUCGUAACAUUUUAAAACAAGGCAUUGAGACGCCCGAGGAUCAGAACGACCUCCGAAAAAUGCAGCUCAGGGAGCUGGCCAGACUCAACGGCACGCUGAGGGAAGACGACAACAGGAUUCUUCGUCCUUGGCAAAACUCUGAGCCACGCAGCAUUACUAACACCACCCUCUGUACCAAAUGUGGUGGAGCAGGCCACAUCUCCUCUGACUGCAAGUACAGCAGCACGUUUGCUGCCCACAGAGCACCUGGAGCUGAACCCCCUCAGUCAGCUCAAGACAAGGCUCGUAUGGACAAGGAGUAUCUGUCCCUCAUGGCUGAGCUGGGGGAGGCCCCUGUCCCUACGUCAGCUGGAGGACACACCAGUACCCAGGGAGGAGCGCCUCGGGCUGCCGGCCCCAAUAGCACCCAGCCACCACCGCAGAACCGGCCCCCGUGGAUGAGCUCUGGCCCAGCUGAGAACAGGAACUUUCACGGGAUGCAUGGGGGGCCUGGUGGCCCCGGAGGUCCCGGUGGACCUCACAAUUUCCCUCCCCCGAUGCCCAACAUGGGAGGACCGCCUAUGCCCCCCAACCCCAAUGGCCUGCCUCCACCCUGGAUGCAGCCCCCUCCUCCUCCCAUGGGCCAGGGACCUGGACCACACGGACACCCAAUGGGUCUGCUGCCGCCUCCAAUGGGUAUGAUGCCACCUCCACCUCCUCCCCCAAGCAACCAGCCACCUCCUCCCCCAUCAGGUCCUCUGCCACCUUGGCAACAGCAGGCUCCUCCUCCCCCUCCAACCAGCAGCAUGGCAACUAGCACACAGCUGCCCUGGCAACAGAAUACCACCACCACCUCCAGCCCCGGCACUGGCACCCUGCCUCCAUGGCAACAGCCCCAGCAGCCUGCAGCCUCUGGAGCCCAGCCCCCACCACCCAUGGGUACCCCAUCCAUGGUGCCUCCUCCCCCUGGAGUCCAGCCCCCGCUGCCCCCAGGCGCUCCACCACCACCUCCUCCACCACCUCCGGGCUCCACGGGCAUGAUGUACGCCCCGCCACCGCCCCCGCCACCCAUGGACCCUUCUAACUUUGUCACAAUGAUGGGGAUGGGGGUGCCAGGCAUGCCCCCUUUUGGCAUGCCUCCUGCCCCCCCUCCUCCUCCACCCCAGAAUUAAGGCUGGCUCAGAAGAACGGUCACCAUGUAUCCAUAGACUGAAGUCUGUGUGCUCACAGAAAUGUAACCAGUGCUUUAUUUUUUAUUGAUCCACGAUAUUGUGAACAAUGAGAGGCUGUAACUUAAUUCUGUUCUUCUCCCUGUUUUUAAAGUUUGUACGGGCACAGAGCUGUGUGUGUGUGUGUGUCCCUCUCGGUUUAUGUUACUUAAAUACAGAACUUAUACCGGCCUAAGGUUUAAUGUAUGUGAACACUUAACUGUCAUUGGCUUUAAUAUAUUAAAGUUCAGCUUGCAUGACGCGUUCAGACAGCUCAUUCUGUUCAAAGUGACACAUUUCUACUCAUGUCCUGUUCCCCAUCUUAGCUCUGAGCUGGACCAGAUAAAUAUUUUUGUAUACAACAUGGGAAGUGUACCUUAGUUGUGUAAAACCUUUGUAGUACUAAAAUUGUUUUCCAGAGAUUCCCAGGCUUUUUCUUUUCCUCCCCUCCGGCCUGCAUCUGGCUGGGUUUUGGAGGGGGACCGGGUGCUGCAGGCCGCGAGCUUCUGACCACCUGCACUACUCGAUCGCUGAGAAGAUCCUCGUUUUCUGCACCGCCUGCUGUGAUUAGAUGCUGUGUGCAGUGUUAGUGUUGCUUCUGUUUAUCUUCUGAGUUAUUCAAAUAGAAAAUUGUUCUUCUCUGGAGUCCACUGUGUUAUGUUAGCCUGAAUUAAUGUUGAAAUCCUGCUUGGUUUAGUAUUAAACAGAUCCAUUUCA